GGCGAGACGAGGCAGUGGGCGGUGCUGGCGGCCGGUGUUCGGGGAGCUGGGCUUCUGUGAGGAAAGCGGACGUUAACCGGCAGUUGGUCUGGCUGCAGCCAACAUGAGCGGCAACGAUGGGAUCGAGACGACCCCUCUCCUCCAGGCCCGCAGCCCCACUGCUUCCGGCCAUGCCCCAGGAGACCCGGACCCGAAACCCCGGGAGGAAACCGAGGCGUCCCAGGCGAUGGCGGAGACGGGUGAGGGAAGCUUGGGAACCAGCGUGCGCCCACAGCCCCAGCUUCCAGAGGAGGGGGGAGCCCCCCACGACCUCGCGGGCGAUGGCCAUACCCCACAGAUCCGAGUCGGUGGGGAUCGCGGUUACCGAACGACCGAAGCGGGGCAAGAUGCUCCGCCUCCCACUGCGGGCCUGGAAGCCAUGUCUGUGUCCAUGGCAACGGACGGCAGCCAGAACAAUGGCUGUCAGCCUGGCGAGCAGAGCGGCCCAGGUGCAGACAAGGCCCUAGAAACCUGUGGCGCAGAGAGGUUGGGGUCUGAGGCGAUGGCGGAGACAAAGGCCGAGGAAGUGAAGGCAGAAAUGAACACCGUCUUCUCAGUGUCAGUGGAUGAGGAGAUGGUGAAGAAGGAAGCAGCGGAGGAGGAGGAGGUCGUGGAGCAGCAGGAGAUGGAGGUAGAGGAGAAGCCAGUCGGUGAAGAAAGAGACGUGGUGGAGGAAAACAGAGAGGUGGAGCAGGUGGAGGAGGAGGCAAGGCCCCGGCCCCUGCAUGUGGAUCUCCGCAUGAACCCCCUGGAGGCCAUCCAGCUGGAACUGGACACUGUGAAUGCCCAGGCUGACAGGGCCUUUCAGCAGCUGGAGCAUAAGUUUGGACGGAUGCGUCGACACUACCUGGAGCGGAGGAACUACAUCAUUCAGAAUAUCCCGGGCUUCUGGGUCACUGCCUUUCGGAACCAUCCCCAGCUGUCCCCCAUGAUUAGGGGCCAAGAUGCAGAGAUGUUAAGAUACAUAACCAAUUUGGAGGUGAAGGAACUCAGACACCCGAGAACUGGGUGCAAGUUCAAGUUCUUCUUUCGAAGAAAUCCCUACUUCAGAAACAAGCUGAUUGUCAAGGAGUAUGAGGUCAGAGCCUCGGGCCGAGUGGUAUCGCUUUCCACUCCAAUCAUAUGGCGUCGGGGCCAUGAACCCCAGUCCUUCAUUCGCAGGAACCAAGAUGUUGUUUGCAGUUUCUUCACCUGGUUUUCUGACCACAGCCUCCCAGAGUCUGACAAGAUUGCUGAGAUUAUCAAAGAGGACCUAUGGCCAAAUCCACUGCAAUACUACCUGUUGCGUGAAGGAGCCCGUAGAGCCAGACGUCGUCCAAUAAGGGAGCCAGUGGAGAUCCCCAGGCCCUUUGGGUUCCAGUCUGGUUAAACUUUGCCCUUGGGGACUACCCUUGCACAAGGCCCCCUAUCACCUCUUGCUGGACCUGUGCUUGGGCAACAGAAAUGGGUAUGCCUUCUACCUUUUUUCCCCCCUGACAUUUUUGCAUCCUUUUCCCUCUGGACAUUUAGUUCUCUCAAGCUCAAGGUUGAGACCUUCAUGGUCAUGCUUCUCCACAGCCUUCAUGCUGUUCUGCAUUACUCUCACGUGCCGCAUGGCCUUGAUUCACACUACUGCUAAGCCAAGUAAAGGAUGCUCUAAACUGCACCGCCUUUAUCAGCACUGCUUGGACCCUAGUUGUUCCCAGGGCCUCUGGUCUGGCUCUUAUCACCUAGACUUCUAGCUAGCUUUGUUUCGGAGCACAUUCUACCCACUUUGCUCUGCAGUGCAGGUAUAAUAAUAUGUGGGGCAUUAAUAAUAUCAAGGGAGAGCAGCAGUGGGCCGCUUGGUUUUUGUGAUAUAUGUGACUCCAUUGCUCUUCUUGCACCUCUGGUCACCUAUUGCUGCCUGCUUCUAGCUGUGCCCCCCAUGGCUGCGCCCUACUGAAGGAACAUCUUCCAGACCAUUGUCAGCCCCUCUGUCUGGUUUCUGGUAAAUGGAAUCUUCAGAACUGGUGGUGGACCCAGGUUUCCUGCCAGCACAAGUUUCCUUUCCAGUCCUUGCAUUCCUCUACCUGAAAGACAUCUCGAUUCCUCAUUUCCUCUUUCCUCGAUUCCCAUCAUCCAGGAACCCUACUGGCAGGCAAGUGGUUGAGGUGUCAGGUUAGACCUUGUCCUCGUAACAAGAGUAAGGAUGGUGUCCAGGCUUUCUCAGCCUCAAGUAGUGAAUUCACACAAAACCUAGGUACCUCUUUGUGCCUCUUUUCCUCAUCCUGAACAUGAUUGUCAGGGAGCAGUACACUCUCUCUCUGUUUAUCAAAUAAAAAGUAUAUGGUUAAUUUGGCUUUCUCCAUCAUUUCCAGGGACAGGUUGUCCUGUACAGUAGACGGCCAGAGCUCUUAUUUCCCUCUGCUCCCUUCCCCACCCUCCACUCCCCCACCACUUAGAGGGUUUAAAGGGAGACAGAUCUAGAUGGAAUGAAAAAUGAUAUCUAUUAUAGUUCAUAAUGGAUGGAAGAACUAAAGAGAUUGUGAUGAGUGCCCUAAGCAGGGGAAAUUGAACAAAAGACCAUAGGCAAAAAUGAGCCAGGUAAAAAUUGGACCUAAAAUUAAGACUGGAUGGCUGAGAGCCUUCAAAGAAAGGUUCUUUCUCUGCUGGUGAUGGGAGGAGAAAUACUUUUUCUCAGGAUUUCCAUGGGAGAUUAAAGGGGCUUGGAGUGUUAAAUAUGUUGCCAAGAGAAGAGUUUUUUAAAGAAACAUAACACAACUUUGGGUGCUUUCUCUCAUUUUCAUUUGACUUAAUUUAUGCAAAAGAUUGAUACUAUGUCCUUUAUUUCACUAGUAUUUAGUAAAGUCCUGUUAUUUUCUCUGUUUCUGCUUACUGGGAAAGUUGAGCCCUACAGGCUUUUUUUCCUUUCAAUUGGGAAUAUCUGGAAAAAUAACAAUCUUACUUUCCAGUACGAUAUAGAGACUUAAAUGAAUAUAAUAGUUUUCAAUUUGUUCUUCUGUCAAAACUGUAUUAGAAAUAUGAAUAACUUGUUAUUGUCGGAUUCUGAAGACUUUGGAAAUUGUCUUCAUGGAAAAAUAACCCAAAAAAAUGUGGUUUGAUUGACCUACUUGAUAAUCUGCCCUGGUAACAACUUAGUAAUUGAUGUGUCUCUUUUUCUAAAUAGCAUAAAUACUUGUGAGAUUUCUCUGUCAAGCUGGAAGUGUACCAUUGGCAUACUUGUCUUUCCUUAUAUGCAUGAUGGUAAAAUAAAAGCAUGUUACUCUGUUGGA